CAUAAAGCCGCGAGUUCCGCUCGACUCUUUCCACCUUCAGCCAUUUUGACCAUGUUGGGAGCUGUGGGACGCUGCUGCACCGGAGCCCUGCAGGCUCUCAAGCCUGGGGUCCGUCCCCUGAAGGCCCUUGUUGGAUCACCGGCUGUCCUUUCACGCAGAGACUAUGUUGCGCCUGCCGCCGCCGCCAGUGUUGCCACUGGACAAAUUGUGGCCGUCAUUGGUGCCGUGGUGGACGUCCAGUUUGAUGAGGCCCUUCCACCCAUUCUCAACGCCCUGGAGGUCGCUGGCAGAGAGGCCAGGCUCGUUCUCGAGGUGGCACAGCAUCUCGGUGAGAACACGGUGCGAACCAUUGCUAUGGAUGGUACUGAAGGUCUGGUCCGUGGACAGAAAGUUCUGGACACCGGAGCACCAAUUAGGAUCCCAGUGGGCCCUGAGACUCUGGGUAGAAUUAUGAAUGUUAUUGGUGAGCCAAUCGAUGAAAGGGGCCCCAUCUCCACCAAGCAGACUGCCCCCAUUCAUGCGGAAGCACCUGAAUUCACUGACAUGAGUGUGGAACAGGAGAUUCUUGUUACUGGCAUUAAAGUGGUUGACCUUCUGGCCCCCUAUGCCAAGGGGGGAAAGAUCGGGCUGUUUGGCGGAGCUGGUGUAGGCAAGACCGUGCUGAUCAUGGAGCUGAUCAACAAUGUGGCCAAGGCCCAUGGUGGUUACUCUGUGUUUGCCGGUGUGGGCGAGCGUACCCGUGAGGGGAACGACUUGUACCAUGAAAUGAUUGAGUCCGGUGUCAUCAACCUGAAGGACACCACCUCCAAGGUGGCACUGGUGUACGGACAGAUGAACGAGCCCCCCGGCGCUCGUGCCAGAGUGGCUCUGACCGGGCUGUCUGUGGCAGAGUACUUCCGUGACCAGGAGGGUCAGGAUGUGCUGCUCUUCAUUGACAACAUUUUCCGCUUCACACAGGCUGGCUCUGAGGUGUCUGCCCUGCUUGGUCGUAUCCCUUCUGCUGUGGGUUACCAGCCAACUCUGGCCACAGACAUGGGUACUAUGCAGGAGAGGAUCACCACCACCAAGAAAGGUUCUAUCACGUCAGUGCAGGCCAUCUAUGUGCCUGCCGAUGAUUUGACUGACCCUGCCCCCGCCACCACCUUUGCUCACUUGGAUGCCACCACUGUGUUGUCUCGUGCCAUCGCUGAGCUGGGCAUCUACCCCGCUGUAGACCCCCUGGACUCUACCUCCCGUAUCAUGGACCCCAACAUUGUCGGCGCUGAGCACUACGAUGUUGCCCGUGGUGUGCAGAAAAUCCUUCAGGACUACAAAUCCCUUCAGGAUAUCAUCGCCAUCUUGGGUAUGGAUGAGUUGUCUGAAGAGGACAAGCUAACUGUGUCCCGUGCACGAAAGAUCCAGCGAUUCCUGUCCCAGCCCUUCCAGGUGGCUGAAGUCUUCACGGGCCACAUGGGCAAGCUGGUGCCGCUAAAGGAGACCAUUAAAGGCUUUAAGAGCAUUCUUGGAGGAGAGUACGAUGCCCUGCCCGAGCAGGCCUUCUACAUGGUCGGCCCCAUUGAAGAAGUGGUCCAGAAGGCUGAGAAACUGGCUGAGGAGCACUCCUAAACACCUGAACUAUUGUGGAAGCAAGAAGAUGAACAAAUAGGCAGGGGUCCAGCUGUUAGGAGCACUUGGUUUGUAAAACAUGUCCAAAUCCAAAUGUAUCUGUCUUGUCAUCUUUAAGAAUUGUAUUUAAUGUCUCCAUUUUCCAAAAAAAAGAUGGAAUUAAAAACACUUUACUCAAUUUGUCAACCGUAUUUCCUGGUAGCGAAUCUUGUACCUAUGGUGACCACCAGAUGGUGCUCAUGAGCAUUGUCAAGCAGUCGUUUGGAAUGAUUGUGGCAGAAAUAAAAUGACAAACGAA